AGGAGCCGGAGGCGCUGCGGGACGCGCGGGUGCGGCGGCGGCCCUGCCCGCCCGCCCGCCCGCCUGCUGCCGCGCCGCGCCGCGCCGAGCUGAGGGCAGCCCCGGGACGGGAGGUCGGAGCGCAGCAGGCGGCAGAGCCGCUGAUAAUUGAGAGCUAUAAUGGCAGAUACAGGAGAUGGACCGUAUUUAGGGGAACAUCUGACAGAUGCAAAAUCUAUUCCUGGUUCCAAAGGGAAGAACCUACCUCCUAGCAAGUCUAUGGACUCUGGAAUUCUGCCGGACGACAGUUACAGAAUGGAUUAUCCAGAGAUGGGGGAAUGUGUAAUAAUAAACAAUAAGAAUUUCCACAGAGACACUGGGAUGUCACCCCGUUCGGGUACAGAUGCAGAUGCUGCAAGUGUCAGAGAAGUUUUUAUGAAGUUGGGAUAUAAAAUAAAAAUCAACAAUGAUCUUUCAUGCAGGGACAUAUUUAAACUAUUGAAAAAUGUUUCUGAAGAAGAUCACAGCAAGCGAAGCAGUUUUGUUUGUGUGUUGCUCAGCCAUGGUGAUGAAGGAUUGAUCUAUGGUACAGAUGGUCCUCUUGAACUGAAAACACUAACAAGCCUUUUCAGAGGUGACAGGUGCAGAACUUUAGCAGGAAAACCCAAGCUUUUUUUCAUUCAGGCUUGUAGAGGGACAGAGUUAGAUUCUGGUAUUGAGGCAGACAGUGGAUCAGAUGAAACAAUGUGUCAAAAAAUACCUGUAGAAGCAGACUUCUUGUAUGCAUAUUCUACAGCUCCAGGCUAUUACUCUUGGAGGAAUUCAGCUGAGGGCUCCUGGUUUAUUCAGUCACUGUGUAAAGUGCUGAAGGAACAUGCAAGGAAGCUUGAACUCAUGCAGAUUUUAACUCGUGUAAAUCGCAGAGUGGCAGAGUACGAGUCCUGCUCAACCAGACAGGAUUUUAAUGCAAAGAAACAGAUUCCCUGCAUUGUCUCUAUGCUCACCAAAGAAUUUUACUUCCCUUGCUGAAAGAAUUUCACCUUGUAAUUUUUCAGGUCAUGUUUUUAUUUGUAAUUUAUAUGCAAUGUUUAGUAUGGAAUACCACUUUUAAAUCUGAAUUGCUGUUCACUACUGUGUGUGGCUUAAAGAACUGUCUCGGAAUUAGAGAUGUCCGUUAUUAGAAGUAAAACAGUAUAGCUGUGUUAGAAAUGCAAACUUGAGUAGCUGAAGCACAGGCAAAUUUGAAAACAGUGCUCUGAGUAUCUCAAAAUCAGGAAGAGGAGACUGGAGGUCACAUCACUUACCAGAUCUAUUUGGUGCUACAUUUCACUUCGCUGAAGGGGCCUAGAAAAGAAGCAGUUCUUGUAAAUAGUUUGGUUUUGUAUCUUUGCCAAUAGGAAGAAGAUUCAGAAUGUGAUAUGUUUACUAAUUAUGGUAAUAUGCUAGUACUGUAUUUCUUCUUAAUUUGAGUUCUUGAAGUUUAGGUUAUAUAAGCUAACCUAAACUGUUUUCAUAACUUAGGGCAUAAACUGUGGAAAAGCGCCAGUUAAUUUUUUACAUGCAAUUAGGAAGCAUAUUUAGAAUAGAUUCAGUUUUUUCCUGAUAAUUUUAUAACUUUUUGUAUGGACCUAAUAUUAGGUAAAGCAAUUAUAUCCACAUGGUAGCUGUUUCAAAGUAAAUUUUAUAUUCUGACCUUGAAGCUGAGUGACUAUGGGACCAGUCUUCAAAAUCUUUUUCUGCAGCUCCCUAAGGGAGGCGCUGUUGGGGGAUGUUUUGGGCUAUAAUAAUAGAAUCGCUGAGGUUGGAAAAGACCUCUAAGAUCAUAAAAUCUAAAAGAGCCAGUGCAAAAGGAAGUCUACAUUCUGAAUAGUCUGUUUUGCUCUUCCCAAUCCUAAAUAAGAGUGAGUUUGCUUAGUGCUACGUGUGUACCACAUUUAAUCUGUGUGGAAACCUGGAUUUGUGGUACUGAAGAAAUUUCACUUCUUACCUCUAAUAUCAGUUUGAGUUAUUACAAGACUUUAGCUAAAAUAUGUUAACAAGUAGUAAAUUUGUAUUUCUUGACUCUGCAUUUUAUGGAACAGGUUUUUAUAAAAUUGUAUAACAUUUUUGUUGAUGUUUCAUCUUGUGGCAAUCUUUUUAAGAUCGGAGGAAGACAAUGGUAAAUGACUACAGGGUGCUUGCAAACAAGACUUAAAACUCUUUAAAUUGUAUAGCAUAAACAAUGUUAGCAAAUUGAUGUUCACUUCCAGAGGCAUUUGGGGUUUUUUGAACUUGAAUUAAAUACUGUUUCCUAAAUUGUA